UCCGGGUCAACAACGGCAAUGGCAAGUGUGAGAUGAGGAAGGACCGCUGCCUCAGCCUGCUGCGGCCGUGUGAGAAGAGCAUCAUGAAGAACGACGUCAAGUUGACCGGCCACCAGCCAGACUCUCUAGGGGUUGAUGAUGCAUUGCUGAGAUGGUGAUGAUGGGUGAAAUGUACAAAGAAUUCCCCCUAUGCCCACAACACCCUAAAUAUGACAGUGUUCUUGGAUCGACUGUAUACAUUCACAUUCACAGGUUCCUAUGUGAAUCUUAAGUAAUCAUUUGGUCGGUGCUUACAUUUGUCUUAUUUCAGGUGUGUAUUAAUAUGCAUGUGUGAAUUGGAUAUGUGUUUUUUUGCAUAUCCCAACUCUCCCUAAGACACCCUUGGAGUGUGGGAUCAUGGCCAGGUUCAAUCUAACUAUGUCCUUUUCCCCUCUAGAUGCAGAGAGGAAAGAUGUGUAAGUCCAAGUUCCAGGCCAAGAAAGCUGAGAAGCUGACCUUGUCUGGGUGUAGCAUCACCAAGAGUGUCGAACCCACUUACUGCGGCAUCUGCACCGACAAAUGCUGCUGCGUCCCCAACAAAUCCAAAAUGGUGGCCGUCAACUUCAAGUGCAACGGCGGCUCCAACGUGUGCUGGAAGAUGCAGUGGAUAACGUCCUGCGUGUGCCAGAGUAUGUGCGACGACCCUGGGGACAUGUUCGCAGAGCUACGCUUCUUCUAGCACAUUCUCAAGCAUCUAUAUCAACCUUUGAGCCUCAUCCAUAUUGAUGCCUACAGACUCCAACACAGGCCUUACUGCCUCUGACCGAGUCAUCCAUAUCCCUGCCUACAGAUUCCAACACAGGCCUGGCCUUACUGCCUCUGACCGAGUCAUGGUGGUUAAGCGGACAGGACUUAACCUUCAGUCUGAACAUCAACUGCUCCUGAACAGUGCCUGUGUUCUCUGGCUAGAUGCACGUGGGCUGAUAUGAAAGUGGAAACACGUGGAACCUCAACUCAUGAAGUGUGACUGGAUAGAGACAACUAGGGUUUGGCUGAUUACUUAACAAUUAACAUGAAGGGAAACGUAAUGUAAGUAAUGACAAUUUGGAGUUGAACCUCAAAUGCUAUGGUUUUUACAGUACCUCAUUAACAGUAGGGCUGUCCCUGAGGCCAAUAGUGGUAUCAGGGAUAGAUAGAGCAAACAUGUUCUGGGUCAGUUAUCUUCUUAAACCUUUUUUAUGAUCUAGAGAACAACUGAUCGUAACCCCUUAUCAAUACCAAACACAGUGUUAUACCAGCUGGAUAAAAAAUGAAUCUUUCUACCAGUUAAUUCUCAACCAAGUUAGCUCCACAAUAUCUUACAAUCUCAUGUCCACUUUGAUUCACUACAGAUUUGGAUUGUUAGUUUGAAUUGUUAGUUUGGUAUGAAUGUUUAUUUGUAUUGUUGACAUAAUAACCUUUUGUGUCAAGGUAUACAUACUCACUACUCGGCAAUCCAUUGUCAUUUAUUUUGACGGAUGAGGAAUAUAAUUUAUGCACAAAA